ACUUUACCUUGCCUUUGCGCCAGCACCAUCACUCGCGGUCUCGCCCAGUGCCACGACUCCCCAACCAGCCCAUGAGCUAUCCUUCACUUGCUCGCGUAAUGUGAGCUGUAGCAGUGGCUUGCAACUGUUCUUACGUCAUUCGCUUCAAUUCCAUCUGUCUCACCCCUGCGUCCCCUGCAUAAAUCCGCAGGGCGACGUGCGCGAGCGUCCUCAACCACCACCGCAAUCAUUGCUCACAACAACAACAACAACCCUCACCCAUGGCCGAGGUAACCCGCAAGCGUGCGCUCGAAGGCGAAGGACCUGUGAAUAUGCGCAAGAAAUUAAGGCCCUCGGAACUCCCCCUUUCGCAGUCCAAGCGGUCGGCCAUCGACAGCCUAGUCCAUACCUUCCGCAAGAAGGGUCAAUAUGAUAGUAUUCGCAAAGAGCUUAUGGCUCAAUACGUCGCAGGCCCUGCCAAAGACGAACUCGUUACCGCCUUGAAGGACUUAGUCGAUCGCGAGACUGACCGCAACCCCUCGCUCUUAUCUAGAGACCCCAAAAUGGCCACCACACUCAUUGAGGGCGCUGGCGAACGCAGCGACAUCUAUGGCAACAUCAUGACUACCGUCAGUACCCUGCUAGACCAGUUGAUCGAGACCCAAGGCUUGCCUAAGAUGCGGGAAUACCGAGCCCUAGAAAUCGGUGCUGAAGUAGCUGCGGAGGAAGAGAAGCGAGGAAGCAAGAGUGAAGAAGAGUGGGCACGGGAGGCAGACGCCCGGAGACAGGAGCGAGAGUCCAUCAGAGAAAAGGAGCUGGAGCAAGAGCGCGAGAGGGAGCGGGAAGAGAGGGCCAAGAAGGAGGAGCGCAAACGACGUGAAAAGGAAGAAGACGAGGCCCGCGAGAAGGCUCGGCAAGAAGACAAGGAGCGGAGGCGCAAGGAGCGCGAGGAGCGCGAUAAAGAAGAAGAGGAGCGCCGCCGUAAAGACCGGGAUCGCGUCGAAAAAGAAAGGGAAGAGGAGCGCUUGCGUCUCAAGAAGGAGAGGGAGGAACACGACAAUAGCCGAGAAGCCCGCCUCAAGAAAAUCCGCGAAGCUGAUGCUGCACGAGAGCGGCGCAUAAAGGAAGAGCUUGAGCGAGACCGUGAAGGGCGGCAUCGAGGUAGUCGUGCACGUUCCAGGACUCCUGACCGUGCCAGGGAUCGUCGCGGCCGAGAUAGAAGCAGGCGAAGGAGCAGGAGCAGAAGUAGAAAUAGGUCGCAAGAGCGCACCAAAUCUAUCAAACCCGAAGACAUCAAAGUGGACGACAAUCUAGCGUUGCAGCUGCUUUUGCAGGAGAGCGAGCAGAUGAAGAAAUCCCGCCAACGACCUGCACUCGAACGGUCCGAAUCCCUUGAGCCUCCAAUGCGCAAAGCCCACCCUCCCAAAUCACUUGUUCCACGAGACCCAGCCGCUGUUAGGCUUGCGAAGCUAGGCAGCAAAUCUGCAUCACCCGCACACAGAUCGCCCAGCAAGGAGCCAUCAACACCCACCGCAGUCGUAAAGGAUGAGGAUGCGGCCAUGGACGACCCUCCGCCAGCAGAGAAGUCUGGCGAGACGCUGGGCAAGUUUCGAUGGGAUCAGCCACCUGAACUUCCAUCUAGAGGCGACAAAUCGCGUGGUCGAUCCCGGUCACGCAGUAUUGCCCGAAGCGUCAGCAUAAGGAAACGCAGUCGAAGCCGUUCACCUUCUCGCGGGAGCCGUUUCGAGAGGCGCUCAUCUAUACGUGAAGAUGAUCGCAGAUCGAGACGAGACGAUGACAAGCACUCAUAUAGACCCCGCGCUGACAGCAGGCGCCGUGACCGAGUUGACCGCGACGAGAAACCCUCACGCCGUGGCAGCCGAAGUCGUUCUCGCGAAACGCACAUCAGCCGCCGCAAAUCGCGCCUCGGGACUCGCAGUCCAUCACCACCAAGAGAAGAGCGUCGUAAAAACCGCUCUCGCUCACGCUCCCGUUCUCGAGGGAGCCGGCGCAUCCGUGAUCGCUCACCACCACCACGCCGUCGUCAUCGCUCACGUUCGAGGAGUCCAGAGAAUAUCGACAGAUACGUACCUGGUGGUGCGAGUGGUGCUGGCGCUGCUGGCAGUGUUCGCAAACGCGAUGAUAGCCGAGACCGCAAGCGCGAUGAUAGUCGGCCUCGUAAACGUGAGGACAGUCGUGACCGCGCGAGGAGUUACAGGUCUCGGGAUUACGAUCGCUGGGAUGGCGGCAGGGAGAGGCUGGGCAAUAGGCGUCAGGAGUCAGACUGCUACCAACCUGGUGGCGCUACUACUAGCGAUGACAAGGAUCGUGAUCGAGACCGGAAGCCGAGGGAGAAGAGUCGGAGUAGGAGUCGAAAUAGGGGUAGAGAUGAAAGGGAUAGGAGGAAGCGUGCAAGGACGAGGAGUAGGAGCCGCAGUCGGAGUCGACGACGCUGAGCGGUUGAUGAUAUGAUACACUUCAGGAGACGGUUUACUAGAGACAUUAGCUUAAUAUAAGGCUCGACGACGUACAAUAUCAAGAUGCAAUUUCAUCCGUAUUUUUUAUUGCACCG